AUGUUUAGAUUAUACAACAAGUUAAAAGCUCUUAAGGUUGUGAUGAAAGUGAAGAAUGCUACUUGUUUUGGUAAUCUGAGAAGUAAAGUGGUAGAGGCUCGUGGAAAGCUAGAUUUGGCUCAGAAAGCUGUCCUGGAUACUUGGGGGAGUGCUGGUAGCCUGCUUAGAGAAAGUGAGUGUCUUCAUGCCUAUGUUUCUAUAACAAAGGCUGAAGAGGCAUUCCUUAGGCAAAAAACUCGAGUGCAGUGGCUACAAUUAGAAGAUCAAAAUACUGCUUUUUUUCAUCGGAUGCUUAAGGGGAGGAAGUUGUUAGGCUCUAAGUCUACAGUUUUCACUCCUGAUCUUGCUACUAGGGUCAGUGGUUUGAUUCGCCCAGCUAUUCCAGAGGAGCAUGUUAAUCUCUUGAUAAAGGCUAUUACGGCAGAAGAGAUAAGGGAUACUAUGUUUAGUAUGAAGUCCAAUAAAGCUCCUGGGCCAGAUGGUUAUACUGUUGAUUUUUUAAAAGCAUCUUGGUCUAUGGUGGGGGCUGAUGUGGUGGAAGCAAUUCAGGAUUUUUUUUUUGUUUCUGGGAAGCUUCUUAAGGAAGUAAAUGCUACCAUUCUUACCCUAGUCCCUAAGAAGACAAAUGCUGCAACUAUGGGAGACUUUAGGCCAAUUGCUUGUUGUAAUGUAAUUUACAAAUGCAUUACAAAAAUUUUAUCUAACCGCAUGCUUCCUGUGUUGGAUUCUGUAGUGGGCAGAAAUCAAUCAGCUUUCAUUCCUGGAAGAAGCAUCUCAGAAAACAUUUUGUUGGCUCAAGAAUUAGUUAAGAACUAUCAUCGGAAGGAAGGGCAACCUCGAGGUGCAAAAGGGUUAAGGCAGGGGGAUCCUUUAUCCCCUUACUUGUUUGUAAUUGCCAUGGAAGUUUUUUCUAGAGUUCUGGAAGAUCACACUAGUGCAAGGGAGGGGUUCAAGUAUCAUCCUAGGUGCUCUAAGUUAAGGCUUACUCACCUUUGUUUUGCGGAUGACUUACUCAUUUUUUCGGAAGCUAAUUUGUCAUCUAUUGCUGUCAUUAAGAAUGCACUGCUAGAGUUUGAACAGAUUUCAGGUUUGAAGGCAAACCCCUCUAAAAGUUCACUGUUCUGUGCUAGAGUUUUUGAUGGAAUGAGGGCACUCUUGCUUGAAGAUCUGCAAAUGAAGGAAGGACUUCUCCCGGUCAGAUAUCUUGGGAUCCCUCUGAUUUCCUCAAAGCUAUCAGCUGGGGAUUGUAAGGCUCUUAAGGUUCUCAAGGAUAUAAGCCAAGUUUUUAACCGGUUUCUUUGGAAUGGUGGGGUUGAGGAUAAUGCAAAGGCAAAAGUGGCUUGGAAGGAUGUUUGUUUUCCUAAUAAGGAGGGAGGUUUGGGAUUGAAAGACUUGGAGUCCUGGAACAUCUCGGCAAUUAUGAGACAUAUAUGGGUGAUGUUUGCUCGGUUUGGCUCUUUUUGGGUGGCUUGGGUGCAAGCCUAUUUGUUGAAGGGGAAGAGUUUCUGGAAUGUUUCUACCCCUCAAAAUGGUUCAUGGUGCUGGAGAAAGCUCCUCAAAUUUCGACAUUUGGCUAGAGGUUUGAUCCGAUUUGAGGUGGGUAUUGGAGAAAAUAUCCAUUUAUGGAUGGAUAACUGGCAUCCUUUUGGUCCCUUAGUGGAGAAGUUUGGCUUCAGAAUUGUGUAUGAUUCUUGUAGCAAUUUGGAGGCCAAAUUAAGUUCUGUCUUGAAGGAUGGUAUAUGGUGUUGGAGACCGGCUCGCUCUGAAGAUCUUGUAGAAAUUCAAACUAAACUUCCAAAAGUGCACUUGGGUAUUGUUGAUUCUCCUGUUUGGACUAUCUCCCGUUCUGGUGUUUAUGUUAGUGUAGAUACAUGGAACCACUUCCGAAUUAAGAGAAGCUGUGUCAACUGGUGGCCUUUGGUUUGGUACUCUUACUCCAUCUAUAAGCAGGCUUUUAUUCUUUGGUUGGUGUUUAAGAAUAGACUUACAACUGGAGAUCGAAUGCUUGCAUGGGGGUAUAAGGGAGAUACUGCUUGUGUAUUUUGUCGGAAUGGCACAGAGAGUAGAAAUCACCUAUUUUUUGGUUGUGGGUUUUGUUCUCGCUUAUGGAGAACUUGUAUGGAACGGUGUAAUAUACCAAAUCCUCCAAAUGAUUGGGAGGAUAUUCUUGAGGAAGGGUGUCGAAGUUGGAAGACGAAGGCCAUGAGAGGGGUUCUUUGUCGGUUGGUGCUAAGUGCCACCGUUUAUGAAAUUUGGAAGGCUCGUAAUGCUAUUCGGCAUGGAGGACAGAUCAAAACUGAAGAACAGAUAUUGAAAUCUAUCAUUUGGAAAGUCCGGUAUAGAGUUUCGGGAAGAGAAGUUUUAAGAAGAAUCUGGAAAAUAUUAGUUUGUGUUUGA